UUGAAAGCGAUCUCAAGGCAGGAGCAGCCUACCAAUACUCGCUCCUCUGGGUUCUGCUGCUGGCAUCACUAGCGGGCCUCCUGAUACAGUCACUGUCAGCCAACCUCGGUAUAGUCACAGGCAAGCAUCUGGCGCAGCACUGCAGGGCGGAGUACCCCCGAGGUGUCAACCUCGCGCUCUGGGUGAUUGCAGAGAUUGAGAUCAUCGCCAGCGACAUCCCAGAAGGUGUCUCCUCCUCUCCCUCGUCUCUCGUUCUCUCCCUCGUCUCUCGUUCUCUCCCUCGUCUCCCCUUUUCUCCCCCUCUCUCCUUCUCUCCCUCUCUCUCCUUCUCUCCCUCGUCUCCCCUUUUCUCCCCCUCUCCUUCUCUCCCUCUCUCUCCUUCUCUCCCUCGUUUCUUCGCCUCUUCCUCCUCUCCCUUCCGCUCGUUGCCUGGAUUGGAAUUGAUAGGAACGGCCUUUGCACUGAACAUGUUGUUUGGCAUUCGACUAUGGGCGGGAGUAAUCAUAACUGGCUUCAGCACGCUCCUCUUCCUUGGCCUCCAGCGAUUCGGGGUGCGCAACCUAGAGGUGUUUAUAGCGCUGCUGGUGAUGGUGAUAGCGUGCUGCUUCUUCAUAGAGAUGGGCCAUGCUCCAGUGGACGGCAUGGCAGUGCUGGAGGGCAUGUUCGUCCCCCGCAUACAAGACCUGGGGGCGCUUGCGAUUGCCAUCUCUCUCAUCGGCGCGCUUGUCAUGCCGCACAACCUAUUCCUGCACUCUGCUCUCGUGCUUAGUCGCAAGCACCAGCGCACCGCUGCAGGCAUCAAGGACGGGUGUCUCUACUCGCUGCUGGAGGUGGCAGCGGUGCUCAUCAUCAGCAUCGCCUUCCACUGUCCCUUCCUUCACUUCCCACGUACCAGGAUUGUCUCGACUCGACUCAGUUGUUCAACCACACACCGUCUCUCCACCCCGCUCCUCCCCCUGCCAUCAGGACGGGUGCCUCUAUUCCCUACUGGAGGUGGCAGCGGCGCUCAUCAUCAGCUAAGCCAUCAAUGUGGCUGUCAUCUGCAUGGGCGGGGUGGUCUGCUCCCUCCUCAUCCCUCCCCUCCCCCACUCUCUCCCCCCACACCUCUCCGCCCUGCCAGGAAGGGUGCCUCUACUCAUUAUUGGAGGUGGCAGCGGCGCUCAUCAUCAGCUUCGCCAUCAACGUCGCCGUCAUCUGCGUGGGCGGCACAGUCUGCUGUGCUCUCCCACCUCAUCCCUCCCAACUCCCCUUCCCCCACACCUCUCCGCCCCUGUCAGGACGGGUGCUUGUACUCCCUACUGGAGGUGGCAGCGGCGCUCAUCAUCAGCUUCGCCAUCAACGUGGCAGUCAUCUGUGUGGGCGGGGCGGUCUGCUCCGCACCGGACCUCUCCCCGGACGUGCAGGCGAGCUGCAGCGACAUCAGCCUCAGCAACGCCUACUUUCUGCUGCGCGACGUGCUGGGCGCGUGGGCCUCCACGCUCUUUGGCGUCGCUCUGUUAGCCUCAGGGCAGAGUUCCACCAUCACGGGGACGUACGCGGGGCAGUAUGUGAUGUCGGGGUUCCUGGAGCUGCACCUGGCCUCGUGGCUGCGCAACCUGCUCACUCGCCUCGUUGCCAUCGUGCCUUCUCUCGCUGUCGCCAUUGUGGCUGGCUCUACGGGCGCCGGCAACCUCAUCAUUGCCUCCUCGAUCAUCCUGUCGUUUGGCCUGCCCUAUGCGCUCAUCCCUCUGCUCAAGUUCACCAGCAGCCCUGUCAAGAUGGGGCCCUUCACCAACCACCCCACGGUCACUGUAGCUGCAUACAUCAUCGGCACUGUAGUUAUCUUUGUUAAUUGCGUGCUCGUGGUGCAAGCCUGUGUGGAGUACCUGGUAUCAGACCACAUUCCCCAGGCCGCCCGGAUCCCCCUUGGGAUUGCCAUAGCCCUUGUGCUCCUCAUCUACGUCGUCUCCCUCGCGAUGCUCGCACGGCGGCCUGUAACGGAAGUUACGUACAUUUCGGCAAAUGAGGGGUCGAGUGUUGAGCUUGAUGCUUACAUGGGCUCUCCCCCUCAUGACUUUGGGCGGAGUGGGGGGGAUGGUGAGGAUGGUGAGAGGGGAGAGUUGGAGGAUGGAGAGGAGAGGAGAGAGGAGGGGAGGGAGGAGAGAGGGGAGGGAGGAUCGAUAGCGAUGACAAAUGGGGUGGAGGGGAAAGGUGGUGAUGGGGGAAGGGACGAAGGGGAUGAUGGAGAGGGGCGCGAGGGGAGUGACUUUAGCGGUGGUAGGAUGAAGCGGGAGCAUGACGCGCACGAGGCGGUAGUGUACGCACGGAAUCUCAACGAGUACAACGCCGCGGCGCUCGAGCUGUCGCGGUCCCGAAAGCCAUACCUACUGCGCACGCUGUACGGCGACAUGCUGAUGGACGGUGUGCAGCCCAACUUCGUGACGUUCCAUGCCGCCAUCACGGCGUGCAUGCGCGCCAACCGCCUGCACGACCUCGUCUUCUUCUUCAACCAGAUGCGCGCGCGCGGCAUCACGCCCGAUCGCUACAUAUUCAACUGCGUCAUGACGGCGUACAGCCGCAGCGGGCACGUGGAGAGGGUUUUCAGGGUGGACUGGGACAUGCGCGCUGCAGGGCGCCCGCCCAACAUCCGCACCUACCAUGCGCUACUCACCGCCUGCACCACCUCUGGCCGCUUCAACAAAGCCGCAGAGGUGCAGGAGCGCAUGAAGAAGGACGGCGUGGCGAUGAACAAGUUCUGCCACGCUGCUCUCAUCGCCAUGCACCAGCGCGUGCGCCCCUCCUCGCCCCGCAUCGUUGCCAAGAUAUUCUCUCUCGUGGAACAGUCCCUGACAGCACCCACCUACAGCAUUGAACCCGACUCCAUGCCCCCCACCACACCCGCCACAACCACCACUGCUGGCACCACUGAUUCCCCUGCUGCCACUGCCACUGAUCCCACCACUGAUCACCCCGCUGCUUCCACCCUUGAAUCCGCUGCUGCUGCCGCCGCGGCCUCAGAUUUCACCAGCAGCGCCACCCACGCCACAGGAGCUGCUGAGCCCGCCCACACAGGAGCUGCUGACGCCCCCCACACAGGAGCAGCUGCUGCCGUGCCUGCUGGUGGUGGCAUGGGCGUGGGUGCGGGGGCGGGGUCAGAGGAGCAUACUGAGAUGGAGGAGAUGGCAGAGCAGGAGGGCGGGGUGGGCAUGGGCCUGGAUGACAUGGAUGACAUGGGUGACAUGGGUGACAUGGGUGACAUGGGUGAUUACGGUGGGCGGGAGGAGAGGGCGGGAAGGGCGAGAGGAGGAGGCGGGCUGGUUUAUGCGAAUGCGGAUCUAGUGGUGCACCGCGCGGCAAUCAGGGCGUUCCUGGACGCACACCAGCUGCAGGCAGCAUUCCGUCUGGUGCGAAUGAUAGAGGAGAGUGGCACUGUCCCGGAUGCUGCCCUGCAGACUCUCCUCUUCAGGGUGCAUCUGCAGGCGGGCAACGAGGCAGAGGCGCUUAAGCUGGCAGACCUCUAUUACGGCCCCAAUGCGCGCCCCUACAUCGACCAGUUCGUGCAAGCCAUCUCGUACAGUCUGAGGGAGCUGCGCCCCAUCGGAAUGAAUGUUGCCCUGCGACUGCUGGAGCUGUUUUUCAACCACGGCUUUUACUUCACGCGCAAGCAGGGUAGCCAGCUAUUGCAAGAGGCGCUCACCAGCGAUAGGCGCAGCAUGGCGGCAGCAGAAAGGCUGUUUGACCACGUGGUGGCGAAGCACCAGGCGCCCGAGUUUGACGCCGUGCUCGACUUCAUGCGCGCUCUCCGGCGUCGACAAACUCCCAAGACCGAUCAGCGGUGGUUGGUGGUCCAAGAUCUCAUCAAGCGGCGGCGGAACAUCCGAGGGAUGUGGAUGAAGGGAAUGCAGGCUGAAGGCCGUGAGCAUGAGUCACGGCUAUCGGUGGAAGAGGAUGAGGUGUGA